GGAACCGCUGAGAGAAGAAGAACAACAGAAAGCAGACACAUAUUUCCAGAGCACCGACACAUCCCCUCUUGUCUCCGGAUGCCCAUUCGCCCUUAUUUCGAAAAAAAAAAUGUAACUGGAACAAAAUCCCGUUGUCCGGUCUGGAGGCUAUCCUGGAGUAGCCCCCGGGCUGAAGGAAAGCUGUAACUGUCUCCUGAGGUGUUUUUGUUUGUUAGUUUGGCAGCUAAGCUAGCUCUGAGGUUAGCUCCCCCUUUAACUGCCUUGCCAAAGUUUGACUGAGAUAAACAGCUGUGUUUACCAUCCACGUUAACCCCACCUUUCCUCACUUUGGCUUGUCAUAAUCACCAGAGUGUGUCCCAUCCUCUAGGGAUGGGAAGCCUGGGUAGCAGGUUCCAGUCCCCCUCUCAGGGACCAGAGGAGGCUGCAGAGGGAUCCGUUACCAGCCGCAAACAUGAUUGUGAUUGUAAGAAGAGAAAAAGAAAUGCUCAGUGUGAUUGUGAGAGCGAACAAGAAGAGGAUGAUUCGAUACUUGACACCCCUCGCAGGCAAGUCCAAAAGAAAUUAAAAAGCACCUCAAGAUACAUUUAUCAGACUUUGUUUUUGAAUGGGGAAAAUAGCGACAUUCGCAUCUGUGCUCUGGGGCAGGAGUGGAACCUCCAUAAAGUCUAUCUCUGUCAGUCAGGUUAUUUUUCCAGUAUGUUCAGUGGCUCUUGGAAGGAGUCAAAUAUGAUGGAAAUCAACUUGGAGAUCCCGGACCAGAACAUCGACACUGAGGCCCUUCAAGUCGUGUUUGGAUCUCUCUAUCGUGACGAUGUCCUGAUCAAACCCAGCAGGGUUGUCAGUAUUCUCGCCGCUGCCUGUAUGCUACAGCUGGAUGGCUUGAUCCAGCAGUGCGGGGAAACCAUGAAGGAAAACAUCAGUGCGAAGACCGUCUGUGGUUAUUAUGCGUGUGCUAGCAUCUACGGUCUUGAUUCAGUCAUGAAGAAGUGUCUCGAGUGGCUUCUUAACAACCUGAUGACCCACCAAAAUGUUGACCUCAUGAAAGAACUUGGGGCUGAGGUGAUGGAGCAGCUCAUCCAGUCCUCCGACCUGUUUGUCAUGCAGGUGGAAAUGGAUGUAUACACCGCUCUGAAAAAGUGGAUGUUCCUGCAGCUCAAUCCGUCCUGGGACGGCCCGAUCAAGCAGCUCCUGGCUGACGCUGAUGCCUGGCUUUGCAAACGCAGGACGGACCUGUGUGAGAAAGAGCCAUUCUUAGACGGAGAGGAAGGGGCACCUUUUCGCUCAGUGUUCAGACUUGUGCGUCUCCAGUAUAUCAUCAAUGAUCUUGCGUCAGCUCGGAUCCUGGAGAGAGACAACAUUUUGCCCCACGACUGGCUCACAUCGAUGUACAAAAACCAGUGGUUUGCUAUGCUCCGGACUGAGUUUGACAAUGACAAUGGUCCCCAGGAGCCUAACAAAGAGGAGUUUGAGUUGAGCAGUAUGAGGUGUGGCAGGAAGCUGAGUAAAGAUGGAGAUUACUGCUGGCGAUGGACAGGCUUCAACUUUGGCUUUGACCUACUGGUGACCUACACAAAUAGGUUUAUAGUCUUUAAAAGAAAUACUCUCAGUCAGCCUUGUGGGGGCGCUGUGAGUCUACAACCUCGGAGACAUUUGGCAUACAGGUUACGUCUGGCCUCAUUUGAUAGCCGGGGGAAGCUAGUCUGCAGUCGCUCAACAGGCUACCAGCUCCUCACCUUGGAGAAGGACCAGGAGUAUGUGGUGAUGAACCUGGACAGCCGAUUGCUAACAUUCCCCCUCUACGUAUGCUGUAAUUUCUUGUAUACAUCCCCCCACUCAGACCAGCGUCCAGAUUCCUCAGAACAAGAAAGCGCCACUCGCACUGUGUCUUGAUGCCCGCUCCAAAGCCAUUGACUGCCACCAUUCCUCUGGUAACAUGGAGACACUCAUGUAAGCAUGUAUGUAAAAUCCAUCGCCACAUUUGACACCACUUUGACAGUGGACAUACCAUCUGCAUGCUGUAUAGCUCAUUCAAGUGUUCAGGGAAAGUGUUUGUUUCUGAGUCUAUGAAAUUCUGGGUUAUUUUUUAUUCAUGGAGUCCACAGUUAUACCAUAAAGGUUCAGGAAGGAUCAGACCAUCUUUUCCUCGCAGAGCAGCUUACUCCUGUUUGUUUUGGGAUGUUGGACCCCCUGUAAAGAUGGAAAACUUCCAAGUCUUUGGUGAGACUAGAAAUUGCUUUUGAAUGUGUGCUGAUUUUAAAUUGACAACAAUUUAAGAUUAGUUGACCAAAAGAACACUUAUAGGUUUUUUUUGUUGUUAAUCUUAGUGUUUAUGAAACCACCAUUGAUUUGGCUUGUCAGGAUGGAGGGAGGGCAUUAUCAUUUCUUAAAACAAGGAAACACCACAUGCUGAAACCAGUUAGCGGGGGAACAUUUCAUUCAGACAAAUGUCGGGCCGGGUUGCGUCAGUGAGCCAACUUUUGAUUUAAACUUAAGACUGCAGGAUUCUGUGAUCUGAUCAUCAACACCAGCU